CCAGUCGUAUUGUAACUUUUAACUUGAUAUCAACUUUUGUGUUUGGAAAGAAGAAAAACUGAAAAAAUGACCCAUAUUUGGUGGGCUUUUGGAUUAUUGAUUGUUAUUAAUCAUUCUAUUGGAUAUCCGAGAGGUGUAAAGAACUUUGAACGAAAUCCCGAAGAAUUGGGAGGAUUUUUUGAAGGUGAUAUGGAUUUAUCAGAUGAGCAGUUUUUAGAAUUGAGAUCGAGAAAUGGUUAUAUUUCUAAGACAAGACGUUGGCCAAAUAAAUUGGUUUACUACAAAAUUAGUCCUGAUUUUGAUCCCCCUCACAAGUACCACAUUCUUCGAGCAAUUCAAAUUCUUGAAGAAGCAACUUGCCUUCGUUUCAAAGAGGCUUCUGCUGAAGACAAGUAUUACAUCAAUAUAACAGGUGCUAGUAGUGGAUGUCAUUCACAAGUCGGCUAUCGCAAGAAAGUUCAACGAAUGAAUCUUCAAAUUCAUCCAUUAGAUAAAGGAUGUUUUCGAAUGGGAUCAAUUUUGCACGAACUUUUGCAUACUCUUGGCUUCUUUCAUCAACAAAGUGCUUCCGAUCGGAAUAGCUACAUAAAAGUGAUUGAAGAAAAUAUUAUACCUGGAAUGGAGGAGAAUUUCCGACAACAAACUGAUACGGAAAAUUUUGGCAUUUCAUAUGAUUACGAUAGUGUUUUGCAUUAUAGCAGUAUGGCUUUUUCGGUAAAUGGUGAAAAGACUAUCGAAACACUUGAUCCGAAUGCAGUUAUUGGUCAGCGGAAGGGAUUAAGCACGAAGGAUAUAGAUAAGUUGAAUACCAUGUAUUUGUGUCCAAUACAAACUUGAUUGGAGUAGUGUAAUUUGUGUGGAAGUCGGUUGUUUAGAUUAAGUGGAUGAGUAAUAGAACUUACAAUACUUAUGGCUCGUUAUCUUCUAAUCGGAGUGGAAUUAUUGUUCAAAAUCAAUAAAAUUGUUGGUCUAAUUAGUUUAUAAGUGAAGAAUUUGUAACGUUUAUGGUAUAAAUUUUGUGUGUCAUAGGGGGUUGUAUUUUAACUAAAUAAAACUUCUUGCCGUAA